AUGUACCCGAAGAAGAAGAACGACACGAGUGGGAUCUACGUGAAGCUGGACCACGCCCUCUGGGUGGGCGGCAUCAAGAAUCGGGCGAAGCGGUCGAGUCGUCGGCGGCCGGGCUGGGACUACGUAUCCUUCCCUGCCCCCGCGGCCAGCGAGAUGACGGGCGUCCUGGAGAAGGCCUGGGAGAGGCCGUUCGAGGCCGAGCUGUAUCUGUCCAACGCUCACGGCUAUGGAGCCUCCUUGUCCUGGUUUCGCUCUGGGCUAGCUGGCGCGUGGAGCACAUGGAGCUGUGGGUCGACGGUGGGUUUCGCCAUCUUCUCCAGGGGAGUGGCCGUCUCUGGCAACCUGUGGCGGUGGAUGCGAUGGGUGAUGGAGGAGCUCGAGGAUGGCCACCACUCGCUCCUCGUAGCCGACUACGUCCGAGGCGACUGGCGCGACCUCUACCUAGGCGGCAGGCUCGAGACUUCCAUCAUGAUCUUCACCGCGUCUGUGGCCCUCGGGCCAAGUCUCUGGAGUUGCUGCCAGCAGAUGUCAUCGCCACGGCUAGCGGGGGAAACGCCUCCAGGGAUCGCCAUGGACAGCGGCGGGGAGGCGGGCCCCUCCAGGGCGGGUUCGUCGGACGAGUCGAUGCCAGCCAAGGGCACGCAGGAGAUGCCAGCCACGGGGAGCAGCCUGUUCGACCAGAUCGUCCAUCCACGGUCGGGGUUGCGUCGUGCCCGCACGAGCGGGAUGAUCGACUGGUGGAAGCGUUUCGAGGACACGAGCAAGGCGGACAAGGCCUCGCAGGGAUGCCACCCCGCACAGGCCGCGUCGCCCACGGCGGCCACGUCGGGUGCUACGACGUGUCCUUCCAUCGACCUGGGAGCAGCGGAGACGCUGGUGGGCGCGGGGGGAAGCCCCGAGCCGUUGAUGAAGGUAUGCUGGGGCCUCAGGGAGCAGGCGUUGGUCGACCUCGGGAAGAUCGAUGCGCUGUCCACCGUCACCCGCCUUGCGGGCCCCACCUCCCCCGUGGCGCAAGAGCUGCGGGUCAAGACCUACGGGGCGGACGUCAGCUUGGGCAAGUUCGCGACGAUGAGGCUGCACUGCAUGAAGCUGGAUCGGAGGUCGGAGGCCUCGCCCGAGAUCACCCAGACGGCGAGGUACGAGAACCUGUGCGCCCGAGUCUACGCGCUGAUGCGGGUGUUCGAGGACGUGGCAGGCAUCAUCGACGGGAAGCAGCCUCGGGACAGCGGGGCCGACAAGUGGACGUCCAGGGUGUGCUGGGACCCCACGGACGAGCUGGACUGGAGGUCUCUCACGGAGGGCGAGGAGGCGCUCACGAUAGUGGAGCGCUACUUGACGGCCAGGCUGCAGCAGAGGGUUCUUCAACAUACGUAUCCGCAGAUGGAGGGCUCGGACGCGGCAACGGAGGAGGACGAGAGGCCGUUCCUCGAGACCGAGACCCUCUGCCGGGCUGGCCGCUGCUGCCAUGGUCGGUGGUGGCGGACCGCGCGGGGCCGAUACAUCAAGGCGCACUACGACGUGUGUGAGCUCGAGCCGACGGGCUGCUCCGAUCCAUGCCUCACCCACUUCGGGGCGGGGCCGGGGAGGCUCCUGGAGGCGUGGCUAGCUUGGGGCAGCCAGGUGGCCGCGAUCAAGGUGAACGAGGGCGCGGUGGUCUCCGUCGACGCGGGGGAGUCUGCUCGCCCGCCACCAGAGACCAACCCUGCCAGCACCGGGGACAUCUGCCCGCUCGCCACCGAGGACCUCUCCGACGGUACGGGAAGGAUGCCCCGCAAGCCCUACCCCGCCAUGGAAGAGGAGCUGAAGGGCCCAAGGGUCUACCGAGAUUCGUCUUUCCGAUCGAGGACAUUUCUUCCCAUCCUGGUCGAGAAGCCCUGGGAGGCAGGGAUGCUGAGGACCACCGACGAGCUGGUCGAGGGCAUGCCGCUCUUCGGGGUCAUCCAGAAGCGCCAGGUCCGCGCCAUCUGGGACUGGUGGCGGGCCAACCUCCGCUGGCAGACGCCUAUGCACGGGCCCCUGGGCAGCUCCGCGACCCUGACCAACCUGGACCUCUCCAGUCUCGGCGAGGCGGACGUGGUCUACACAGGGGUGGGCGAUGCCCUCGACAGGUUCGACCGCUUCGAGACGCCGCCCGAUGUCUGGCUCUACUUUGUCUUGGAGGGGCUGCCCCUCCACGAGUUCUUCGACUACAUGAGGACCACCAGGCAGGGCUACGUCAUCCCCUAUGGCGGGCCCCUCCUGGCGGUGAAGGUCUUGGUCAAGGGCCGACCGCGGCUCCUGCCUCUGGCCUACUCCAGGCCGAAGGCUCUCACGGCGCGCAGGCUCUGGGCGGAUACCGGGGAUGCGCGCCUGGUCUACGGGGCUCCGACGCACCAGUUGAUCGGGCCCGUCGAUUUCGAGUCAGGGAGCUGGGCGUACAUGGACGACUACGCGGUCGUGGCCUCGUACGCCAGCGCGCGGCAGCCAGUGAGCGAGGUCAUGAAGAGGCGAGGGGAUCGAGUCGUGGGGUGCGGUCAUUCGAUGCCGACCUUACACUAUCUCGGCCAAAAUCGAUCGCACUUGUGGCCUGACUCUGGCGGCGCUGGGGCUGGCGGUGCGGACAUGCUGGACCCCGGAGCCACCGUGAAGCUGUGGGCGUGGGCGGCCAUCUCUCAGCGCAUGGGCCUCGCCAUCCGCGACAGUAUCUACCGCGAGAUGAGGCGCCCAGAGACCGCCAGGACGCCGUUCUGCCUACCAGACGCGGCGAGGUGGGGGCUGACGACGAUGGCCUACUGCGCCACGUUCAGGCACAAGGAUCUCGAGGCGCCCAGGCUCUCGCAGGUGUCUAUGACGGGUAUGACGGACUCCAAGGACAAUGGCCACGGGGUUGCAGUCACCGAGGCCUUGCUGGAGGAGAUCAGGACGGCCACGGGCUACACCGAGAUGAGAGGGUGGACGAUCGCCACCGACGUCUGGGCGCUCUACCUCUUCGCGGGCAGGCGCCGAGAGGGGGAUCUGGAGGAGGCCAUCUACACGCGUGCGGAGUGCGACGGCUACGACAUCCAGAUCUGGUCCAUCGACUCGGUGAUCGAGCCGAAGCACGACCGCCCCAACGACGAGCUGGUCAGCGCGAUUCUGGGUCAGAUGCGCGACGGGCACUUCCACGCAGUGAUUGCCCCGCCGCCAUGUUCCACCUGGAGUCGAUCGUGCUUCCUGAAAGAGAGGCCCAGGCCCCCGCGGACGCGCCUCGAGCCUUGGGGGCGGAGCGACAUACUAUUCGCCACCUUCGAGCACCUCCGCCUGGACCCUGGGGCGCGCCUCCUGCUCACGGCCAUGCAGGCGGUCCGCGAGGUCUGCCGAACUGGUGGCCUGUGCUUGACGGAUCACCCCGCGGACCCAGAGGAGGACCUGUACUCGUCUAUCGGGAACCCCCCCGAGAGGACCUGCCUCGGCGAGGAGGCGGGCGGCCAGAUCCAUCAUAUCGACCAGGGCUGCUACGGAGCUUCGCCGAUGGAGUCGACCAUGAAGGGCAUUUUCGGGGUCUACGACGACGCACUGGACCUCGCCGUGGGCCGUCUCCGCCCGAGAGGCAACCACCGAGGGAGGCAUCCAGCGAUACCCGAGGGGCGAGUGGAGCGGGGUUGCCCCGACAUCUGCACCGCCGCCGCCCAGGCUUUCCAGCCCCCGCGGUGCGCCGCGCGAGGGAGGGCGAUCCUCGAGGCGUUGGCCCGCAUGACGAAGGAGAUAAAGGGCCCCGAUCCAGCGUGCUCGUGGGCCUCUCCAGCUACGACGCCAUUCGGGCCGCCGGGGCCGGGAGGGGCGGAGAUCGAGGUCUUCCCCGCUGUCCCCUGCUUGGAUGCCACCUGCGAGAUGGCGGCCACUCUACGUCGGAAGGUGGAGGAGCACGGAGCACACGAACACCAGCGAGAUGCGGACCGUGGUGGGCGUGCUCCGACACCUUGCCAGAUCGCCACGGAG